AUGUUUCGUUUGGUAAUCGAGAAACAUGAAAAAGAUGCAGAAGAGCACGACCCAAUGGUAACUGAUGACAAGUCGAUAAACCCAACUAAAUGCGACCACAAACCUCCCAGGCUGGAAGAAGUAGAAGAAGAUAAUAAUGUUAAAACUAUUGAAGACGAAGGUGAAGCGGAAAAACAGAACAAAAAAAGUUUUCCCAUAAAUCAUUCACUUUUCAAGUACAAGAUAAAGUAUCAAGAGCAAUUCAAGAGAAGAAACAACACCCAACAAUUUACAGAGUAUGUAAAACCUCUGGAAACAAUUUUUUACGUUGGAACAUGUAAAUGCGAUUUGAAGGCAGCUCCAUGUGCAUGCGGCUGGAUUCCCGAACGCCUCAAAGAGUUCAUGCACGAUCACCGUAAUCAGAGAAGACUAACAAUGAAUGCAUUUAUGAUGGAAACUGAAGAGCAAGGAGCAACGUCUAUGUCAUCAAUGCCAACACACCAAGAUCCCGAUGAUUCAACAUACGCACCGCCACCGGUUCAAGAAGAUAUGGAUAGAAGCACAAGUUCACAAUACACAGAGAGAUACGAUUGUUUUAACUUUGCCUUGGUAUGUGACAGAUUUGGUGUGCCUGACAGAGUAGCAUCAGCAUUGGGAACCGAUCUUUUGCAAGAUUUUAAAAUUAAAGAUAAGCAUGGGAAACCUCUCAUCAUGGAUAAAUCGAAAGUUCGCAGAGAAAAAGAGAAAUGCAGACAGAAGUGCUUUCGCAAACGGUUAGAUGAUACCAAUUUGUUAGCGUUUUCAUUCGAUGGCAGAAAAGAUGAUACUUUAACGAUAGAUAAAAUACAAGGUACGGAGCGACAUGUUCAAAUAUCGGAAAAUGUAGAGGCUGUUAUGGCGACGACAUUAGAGAGCCGUGCGAAAUUGCUUUUAGUUUCUUUUCUAUAA